AAAGCAUGACCAAGAUGGCAUCAUUGGUGAUCAGUCACAUGAAGAACUAAACAAGGCAACAAAAUCAAAUUUUGAGGGGAACUCUGAAGUGAAGCAAAGCCAUGAGCUUGUAUGAAUUGGGGCCAGAGUCUGAGCCACUUAGCCUUACAGGAGUGUACUUCAAUAGCUCUGCUUUGUCAAUAUGUAUCCUUGGUAUCCUGGAAUCUGCAGUCCCCAUUAAUGACACACUAACCAUGACGUUGCUCCAGGAUGCUUUACUUCCCAUUAACACUCGCUUCUCCUCCGUUAAGGUACGUAGCUCAAAUGGAGCAAUGAGGUGGAAGAAGGUCGAUGUAAAGCUGAAAGACCAUGUAAAAAUCCCUGUUUACCCGGCCGGAUUGUCACUGCAAUCUUACGAUAACUAUCUCACCGACUAUCUAUCAAUAUUAGCAAUGGAGCAGCUUCCACAGAACCGACCUUUGUGGGAAAUUCAUAUCAUCAAGUAUCCUACCACGCAUGCAGCUGGUAAUCUUGUGUUCGAGCUUCACCAUGCCCUUGGGGAUGGCUUCUCUCUCAUGGGUGCUCUUCUUUCUUGCUUACAAAGAGCAGAUGAUCCUUCUCGUCCAUUGAUCUUUUCCUUCACUGGGGGCAGUGGCCUCUUCUGGGCCUAAAAUGAACAUCAUUAAUUCUGCUUUCAACACCUUAUCAGAUUUUGGAUGGAGCCUCCUGAAGAGCUGUUGGGUCGAAGAUGAUAGUUCAGGGAUAUGAUCUGGCAAUGCUGCUGUGGAGUUUAAGCCCAUCAUCAAAUCUACUAUCACAUUCUCGCUCGAUCAGAUCAAACAAAUUAAGACCAUGCUU